GUCUCUUCUCUCUCUCUCUUCUCUCUUUCUUUCUUUCUUCCUUCAAUCUUUUUCCCUCUCAGCUUGUCAUCUCUCCUGCCUCUUUCUUCCCCUUCUUUUCAGCUUGCCCAUCCUCCAUUGUCUGUUGCCCUCCUCUCCCUUUCCUCUGGUUUUCUCUCCCUCUUCCCUUCUCAGUCUUCCUUUUGGCUCCUCUCUUGUCCUUAGCGUCCUUCGUCCAUGUAUCUUCCUCCUUUGUGACGCUUCGUCCUCUGGUAGCUCUCUCAUUGGCCAGGCGUUCAUUGAUCGCAUCCCUCUGUCAAGCGCCUCUUCCAUUCGCCAACUUCCGCGGUUCAAUCUCACACCCUUUGAGUUCUGUUUCCCGGAUUGCCUCGUACCGGGCUUCUAGCUCUCAGCGCUUCUACCAUCCCCGUCGCCUUGCAAAUAUGAGCUCUUCGGACGAUGACACCCCACUCGUCCGCGCCAAUGGUCGCCAUGCGGGUGAGUUUCAGUCAUUGAGCAUACAUGCUCUCGCGCUCUGUUCUCGCUCCAUGUUUUGCUCAGUCCUCAAUUCUCCCUUCUUAUUGAGUGACAUUUGCCUCAAUGCGCCUACCCACCCUUCACCCCAACGUCAUUACUUCUUCACUUCUACCUUCUAUUGAUCACUCCAGUAUAUCGACUAACUUGACAUGGGGGCGGUGCG